GUUUCUCAGGCUGCAGCAGACUUGAAGCAGUUCUGCCUGCAGAAUGCACAACAUGAUCCCCUACUGACAGGAGUAUCAUCAAGUACAAAUCCAUUCAGACCGCAGAAAGUUUGUUCAUUUUUGUAA